GGCAGUAAAUAUCCUUUGCUGUUGUUGACAUAGCUAUCGUGUUAGUCAUCACCAGUUUCACAGUGUUUCACGGUAUAUGACACUGAAUCAAAUGCUGUCCGUACGUUAAUCCUUGCCUUGAGAUGUAUGGAAGCUUUUCAAAUGUGAUCAUGAAGUCUGACGAAUCUGUUUUGAGUACUUCCUUUUCUCAUUGAAAUGUACCCUUAAUGUCUCGUCAACAAAUAACCAACCCCAAUCAUAAUAUAUCCAUAAAGGCCUAGUAAAAACCAAAGUGUUUUUGGGGGAGAAAUAUGUAACCCUUCUCGGUCCUUCUCCACAUAUUGUUUAGAACACUGUGCUCAUCUCCGUGUCAAUAAUGUUCUCCCAUCCAGCUAACCUUAAUGGGUUUAUUGCAGGCAUUGCCAUAUCUGCUAUUGCCUGGUGCUGAGGAGGAGGACGGAAACAUGGAGGGGGACAGUGGCUUCAUCACUGUUCAGAAGGUCUACUACCCUUUGCUGUGCAUUCUGGGGAUCCCAGCCAAUCUCUUCACGUUCUACGUGAUCUGCUUCCGGAAGUGUGGAAUGUCUGACACGGCCAUCAUCUACCUGAGUUGCUUGGCCAUCGUGGACACCUUCUACCUGGUGUGGGUCAUCCUGCUGGACCUGACGCUCACCUUCUGGCAGCUGCAGCCCUUCUGGCACUCCCACCCGGCCUGCGGCAUCAUGGGCUUCCUGCAGUACGGCUCCCUGUACAGCUCCUCCUGGAUUGUGGUGGUGUUUACCAUCGAACGCUACCUGGUCCUCAGCAGCACGUCUGCCAAGCAGCACUUCUCCCAGGCCAAGGUUACUAGGCUGACCUGUGUGUCUAUCAUCCUGGUCUCACACCUGGCCUCCGUGCCCAUGGGCUGGAUCAACGUGGUGACGCCGAAGAAUUUCACCAUAGAGGGGAAGAAUGUGACUCUGCCCUGGUGUCACUACAGGGGCCAUAUCUAUUCUACUGUCCUGGUGUGGGUCACUACAUUCCUCUCUGGUGGCAUCCCCAUCAUCCUGGUCAUCAUCUUCAACUCGCUGAUCGGCCACCACCUGACCCGUGUCAGAAAGAUGUUUACCAAGGAGGAGCGGCGGGUCAUGCGGGGGGGGAGCACCAAGGGCAUGGUGCGGAGGACCAUCUUCCUGCUGGGCACAGUGUCUGUGACCUUCGUGGUGCUCAGCCUGCCACGCUUCGUCACCUACUGCAUCCUGCGCACCAAGUACAACCACGACUGGUUCGACCGGAACGACUACCGCAUUCCCAUCAACUUGAUUAGUGACCUGGCCAACAUGCUGCAGAACCUCAACUCCACCACCAACUUCCUGCUCUACUGCAUGGUGAGCCGGCGCUUCCGCCAGGAGCUGCUCCACACACUCACCUGCAAGUCCAAGGCCCGAGAGCUGGGCUCCUUCCUCACCCAGACCACAAUGAAGGUGUUCUCUCUGGUGGACCAUAAAACACCGCCGACCAGAGACCCCAUCACUGUAGUCCUCACCAACCUCAAACAGACCCAGUAGAGAGGAGGAGAAUGGGGGGGGAUGAUGUGUAUAAACCCUGCAUGA